AUGGAAAUCAAUUUAACAACUUUAUCAAUACCAUUAACCAAUGGUGAAUCAUUUAGUAAAUAUAUGCGUUUAAUUAAUUUGACUCUUUCAUCUUCUGGUAUUCUAUGUAAUUCUAUAUUGUUAAUUAUACUUUUCUUACUUAAUCGUCAACAAUGUACAACAUAUUUUUUAUUAAUAUUAAUGACUAUGUGUGAUUUUCUUUAUUGUACAGUUUAUACAAGUAUAAUAUUAACUAUUGAUAAUUAUUUAAAUAUAAUAAAUCAUCAAAUAUUAUGUCCAUUAUCAUUUUUCUUAACACCAUUCACAUUUACAGGAUCAACAUUAUUAUUAUUUAUUUGUCUUUUACAUUUUAUAACAGAUUAUAUACGUAAAUAUAACACAAUUUUAGGUCAAAUAGGUGGACGUUUAUCAGUUGUAUUUGUUUUUGCAUUUGCUAUUAUUCGAAGUGUACUUGGUUCAACAUCAAUUGAAUUAGUAUCUGAUCCAAGAAUGCCUCAAAUUCAACAUUGUACAAUUGAUAUGAAUACACCAGAUCUUGUAACAAAAGUUCAAAAUAUAAAUUAUAUAUUUGCUGAAGUAACUGAUAUACUUGUUUAUAUUGGUUGGAUAAUAAUAAUAAUAAUUUAUUUUAUUUCAUUAAUUCGACAUAAAUUAUUAUUAAAAAAAGAAAAUGAAACAAAUUCAAAACGAUCUCCAUUUGUAUCAUUUUUACUUGUUUCAAAAAGUCGACAAGAAAAUAUAAUUUCAAUCAAUCAAGAACGAUUAACAAAUAAAAAACGACAUCAUUAUGUAUCAUUAAUUAUUUUAUCAAUAAGUAUAAUGUCAAUAUUAUUUUAUUUACCUGUUAUGAUAAAUAAAUUUAUAACAAUGAAUAUUAUUUAUCGUGGUAAAACAUUUUUAACUGAACAAGAAUUAUUCUUUUUACAAGUUAUACAACAAACAAUACUUUUAUUUUGUUUAACAAUAAGAUUUAUUCCAUAUUUUUUAUUUGAUAAAGGUAUACGUUCAAUUAUUCAUCGAUUAAUUGGAAUGAAAAUUCGAAAAAGAAAAAAAUCAUCAAAAAAAAAUAAAUAUCAACAAAAAUAUAUUUGUCAUUGUCAAUGUUCUCGUCGUCAACAAUCUUUAGAAUUAAAUCAUACACAAUCUCAACAUAAUCAACUUGAAUUUUAA